CACAAAUCACUUUUAGAGCACUGGUUUUUAUGAUUUUUGCCUAGGCCACAAUAUAUUGUUUCUGUAUGAAACUUUGCAUGCAUGCAAAACACUUGAACAUAUAAUAUGUAUAACUUCAUUUUUAUUUUAAAUUUUGGAACAUUUUUUUAAUAUUUUACUGUUUGCAACGGGAUCAUAUGCCUGGAGGGGCCAAAACGCCGCCUUCCCUUUACUAUCAUAGAACUAUGGAUUUAUAAGGAACAAUUUUACAUGACUACAGAUUUAGUGAUGAAAAGGGUAUAUCAAAAACUAAAUGUUCCAGUGUACACUCAAAUCAUCUAUCUCAAUCAACCAACCAGCACACCCACAAUAUUCACAAAAGCACUGAACCAGUUGGACCCGCCAAAGCCGUGUCGCCAGAAUUUGUUGUUGAUUUGGCACGAGGUUACUUUAGAGACAUCCCUGACCCUCUCUCCUCCCCCAGCACUCACUUUUUACAGGUCAUGUUUACUUUUAUGCCCAUGGUGGAGAAGCUUGUGCUUCAUGCCAGCAUUGCUCCAGGAACAUCUUGAUUCCUAACACUUUAAUUCUCAGAAGGAAAGAAUAUAGUAUUUGUUCUUUCCUUAUUUUCGUCCCAUUCACUAAAGAUAUACAGUAUCAAAUAUUCGUUCACAACACUUUAGUUCUCAGAUCCAGUUGCCCAUCUUUGUUACCGAAGAAGGAAGCAGCUAGCGCUUCCACAAACCACACUACACACACAUCAGACCUUCUGCCUGAAGACAGCAAACAAUUUGCAAUCAAUCAGUUGUCAAGGAAGAAUUUAAGUAGAAGCUUGCGGCUUCAGAAGUGAGCUGCGAAGAUCAGGUGUUUAAGUGAUGGCCUCCAUGGAGCGGCAGCUGCAGCGGCAAGAUCAGCCCAUCAACAUGACAGCUGCGCUGGAGGCUCUGUCCCCCUUGCUGAACAACCCGCGACGGACCGUCGUCCUGGCGGAAGCUUUCACGUCGGGGGUCAUGGCACUGCUGCUCCUGCAGCUCAUCCUUGGUUCGUACAGACGGCAGACGAGCAGCGUCUGGGUCCAAGCCGGUACAUGGGCGACGUACACUCUGUCGUUCCCAGCUAUCGCCUACACCCUGGGCCUGAUGCAGUCAUCUCCAGUGAAGAACGUCAUGUACCCGGUCUGGGCUGUCUCGUUGCUACUGGCCGCUGGGUGCACCAACGCUGUCAAGGUCUACGAGCUUGGCGACAACAAGCAGUGGAUUCGGAGCUUCUUUAACUACUACCAGUAUACCAUCUACUCUGCAAUGAUCUGCUGGCUACUGUAUCCCACUAGCCUGAACGCCAAGGAGUAUCUGUACUUUGCCUUCAAAAUGUUUGCACCGUCGACAUACUUUAAGGUUGUCAAGAAUCCUGCAGUUGCUGUCUCAUCUCUAACUCUCGCUGUUGUGAUUACGGCAUUCAUGGGAAGAGAGCUUGCGUGCCUGAUGGUUGAGCGUGGCUAUUUCUGCGUCAGAAGAGUUGCCAAGUUCAUGAACAACCUACCAGCUAAUGAUGAUGGGUUCGAUCCUUUGAGCAUGAGAGGCUACAAGUACCCGGUUCACUUUAGAAUUUGUACAGAAGCCAAUGUGAUCACCAUCGACCAGAUCUGGCAGUGUGAAGGCAGGCUCCUCCUCAGGUCAGGUAGUACUACUGAUCAGUGUUGCGUAGGACUCAAGGAUGUGUGCCUGGCAUACGCCAUGUAUCAGCUAUUGAAGCGUCGCUACUAUGGGAUGGCAUGCGCCGAGGAACACCUUGAUGAAACCCGUGAUUUUGUCUUCAAGGGAUUGCUGCAUGGUACAGAUGAUGACUAUGAGACAGCUUUCAGGAUUGUUGAGGUGGAGUUGGGGUUCUGCCAUGACUACUUCUUUACCAAGCAUGCUAUCAUAUUUGAACUGGAGACAGGAUUCUUCAUUCUCUUCGUGUUGCGGAUUAUGCUCAUUCUCGUAGUUGCAUAUUUUGUGUGGCUAAACUCACUAUCUGUCAAGACACCCACUGCUAUCAUUGAAGUUCACAGCAGAAGGGUUGACGCUAUCAUCACUGUCCUUGUUUUGGUCACAGUCCUGCUCAUAGAACUACUGCAAGCUACAUUUUAUAUGGCCUCAGAUUGGUGCAAGGUGUCGGUUGCAUGUAGGUAUGUUACAGGAUCGUGGUAUCAAGGCAAUGCUUUCUUUGAGAAGCUUAUGGGAUAUCUUAGCAGAUUUACGAUAUUCAGGCACUGGAAGGACACAGUUGACCAGUAUUCGGUAUUUUCAAACCCCAAUGCUGCCCAUAUGGCUGCUGAGAGCGACCUGCAAGCUGUGAAGCUGGCUAUUGUUAGGUCUCUAAGAUCAUGUGAUGGUCUACCAACUAAUGGAGAAGGGUCACUAAGGAGGAAUGGUGUGUUUGCCGAGUUUUCUUGGGCAUUGCAGGGUCAAGCUCAGGCAGAGAUCAUGUUAGUCUGGCACAUCGCGACUGAGCACGUGAAUGCCAAAUCUGAAAACGGAGAAGCAACAGAGCUCCACAGGCAAGUUGCGGUAUGUCUAUCAAGGUACUGCGUGUACCUGAUGGACUCUGCCCCAGAAUUGCUUCCUGGGUACUUCGGAGAUACAAAGUCUGCCAUGUGUGAUGUAAAAGAAGAUGUAUCCAAAGUUUCAAGAUCCCGACGACAUGGUUCACAAGAUCCAGAGGAUGACGGGAGCAUCCUCAUGACAGGCGUGAAGCUUGGAAAGCAGCUCGAUGGCAUUGUUGAUCGGUGGAAGGUUCUGGCAGAUUUCUGGACAGAGAAGAUUCUGUACGUCGCGCCAUCGGAUAACGUUAAGGCACACAUGGAAGGUCUCGCCAACGGAGGGGAGCUUCUGACGCAUGUCUGGGUCCUCCUUACUCAUGCUGGCAUCCACAAGAUUAACAGGGAGGAAGGUAGGAACAGUACAAUGCCAAGCCAACCAUCUCAAGGAAGUGUCUAAUUCCAAUUUAAGCAGCUCGCUUUUCUGUCUCUUGCGCGCGUUCUUGCCUGUUUUCUUCCUAUGGAUCUACUUGAAACAUUUGUUUCUGUUGUAUUGUAUGAUCUAAUUAGUGUGGAACUCUACUCUGCCGGUGUGCUUCAUCUUUAUUGUCGAUGUAUCAUUUGAUUAUUUUCAUCUGUAACAAGGAUUGCAACAUUUUAAUAUAUUUGUAAUUUAAUAGUGUGGAAUUCGUGCUAU